AUGUUAUGUCGUGGCACGUAUGGCCAGAUAGCCACAGCGGCGUGGAAAAAUCCCAUGCUACGAAAACAUCUGCAACAGCACUUUCUAAAAGAAGUUGACAAGGAAUGUUCCAAUAUGUGUUCUUCCAAAGACCCGAGUUGUCUCCGUUCAACUAAGGCACAAGACGUGAAGAAGUUUAAAUUUAGCAAGGUGGAAGGAGAACUGCAAAAGAGGGCUCCUCUCUUUAGCGCGGUUCUGUGGACUGCAAGUUUGAGGAAGAGUAAACGGGCAGAUGAAGAUCCUUUCUGGAAACCAAGUGUAUGUAUGGCGGCUGCAGUCUUGCUUAAGAACAGAUCACCAUGCAUGACCCUACUUCAACUGAUCAACACCAUUAUCAUUUACCACUCAGGAAUAAUGGUAAGCGUGUACUACUUAAAGGUUAUUUUGUCUGUAAUCUUAAAAGUAUUUUUCACGUUUUCUUGUUUUUUUUUAUUAUUUUCAUGAGACUUGUUUAUAAUCUGAUCAUACAAAAAAGUGACUUUCAACAUACUUGGUGCACAUGGAUACGUUUUUGAAACCAUGCAAGAGCUAUCCCAUACCAUUAAUUCAAUUAAUGGUACACUUUAAUUAGAUCAAGCACAUAACAAAUUUUAGUUAACUCAAAACGCAUGGCUACAGUUCAUGGAGUGAAGAAGUUUUUACUUUUGUUUAUAGGGGACUCUUUGCAGACUCAGUACACUUCGACUUACCACCUCAAAUGUCUACUAUUACAAGAAAAUAGAUGAGUUUGGUGAGAAAUUCGAUGCCAACAUCAAAGAGGCUGUUAGGCAAGAGGGCCAGUUUAUGCAGAAGAGCCAGCAAAGCACCACUUCAUCAGUGCAACAGAUUGAACAAGUAACACCGAUGACAUCAGAUUCUGCUGGUUCUUCAAACAUACCUCCUUCUAGGACUACAACAGCUGUUGCACUCACUUCAGCAGAGCCACAGGGGCAGCAAGUAAUUAUAACACCAAUGAUUUUAGAUUCUGCUGGUCCUGCCAACAUACCUCCUUCUGGGACUACAAUAGCUGUUGCACUCACUUCAUCAGAGCUACAUAGGCAGCAAGUAGCACCAAUGAUUUUAGAUUCUGCUGGUGAUGCCAUGACAAUACCUCCAUCUACGACUACAACAGCUGUGACACUCAAAUCUGACAGUGGGAGAAAGCUAGUAUUUGACAACUUUGACUUUAGACAAGAAGUUCAUUACAUGACACAGGAUCACCAAAAUGUGGAUGUGCACUGGGUCACUCAUAUGGCAGUAGAAAACAGAGUCUCUGGAAAUAACUUACUCAGCAAUAGACCCGUUUGCCAGAUUAACGAGCUGGAAAAUGGUCAGUUUUUACCUGGACGUCGUGAGCAUCAUCUUCAGCGAGAGAAUUAUAUUACAUUGACAGAGAGAGCUAUUACAGAGAUCCCUUGCCUGUCUUUUCUGAAGGGAGCAGUCACUCAACAUAUUCCACAUCCUUAUUCAAAGGAGAUGAGUGAAACUUCGCAUGUAGUGAGUGUUACCAGAUUUUUAUUUCAAUCGGACAUUCAAGAACAAACCCUUAUUUUCUUGUCUAUCAUUAUAUAUCAAUCAAUAGCAGCAAUAAAAAUGCAUAUCAACUAAACAGGACUGUCAUUAAGAGUCAAGGGCCAGGGAUUUUCUCCAACAACACUUAUUAUCUAAGGUAUGACCCACCUACUUUUAUAGGAAACAAAUGGAAAAUAGAACCCAUAUAACUUUGCAGCCGUUCAAUUCCCCACCUACAAAUUGCCCAUAUCUGGAUGCUUUAAAUCUUAGUGACAGUCCUUACUUGUAAUUUGCUUUAUGCAUUUUAGUUAUAUCCUACCUGGUUGACUUUGUGAUCUUGAGAGUUCCAUAUGUUUUGACUGGCAUUCACAUGAUUAAGAUCAUUUCUUGGUUUCCUGUGAUGUAUUUUUAUUCUUGGUUUCAUUUUAUCCGUAUUGUUCUUUACAUACAUUAAAAUGUUAACGUACUACAAUAGAAGUAUGAAACAGAGGGAAAUAAAAACUGAAAUAAGGACAAAAUAAUAGCCUUUUUUUCUACUAAUUUGUGCAAUGCUAGAAAAAAAUCGUCCUGGAAGAAUCUGAGAAAUGUUUUGGGGAGGGGAAAAGAGGUUUUAAGAGCCAAAAAAUUUAGAAACAUUAGGUGUGUGACCAUCUGCUAAAGGAGGAGGAGGAGGGGAGAGGUAUUUAUUUAUUUAUUAUUUUAUUAUUUAUUUUUUAAUUAUGCCUUUGCACUUCUGAAAUAACUUGUUUGCUUAUAAACAUUGUACACUGCAUUUUAUCUUAUUUAUGUUAACCUUACACUCUUUACCUCAAACAGACUUUCCUUGGAAUGCUGUUUCACAAUGAAAAUGAGGCUGAUGGAAUUCAGAAUGUCAUGAAAAGUUUACACCAAUAUGUUCCUUACCAUGGCGAUAAUUGCGACAAGGUCUAUGGAUCCCAGGGGGUAGUGGCCGAUCAGUUAUCUGUUGAACGUGGCGUAAGUUUCCAAUGGGUUUACACCGGAAGAGAGGAUGGAGGGCCUACACCUGGAAAUUGCUGA